AUGCAUAAUUAAAGAAGGAAUAGGAAAAUUAUUGAAGAUGAAGAAUUAGAGGAUUAAUUUUCUAAAUUCUAACUUUUAGGAAAUUAGAACUCCUCAUCAUAAAAAAAAUCCUCUCCUAAUAAGCAAUUAUGUCCAAUUUGCUUAGAAUAAUUAACUUCCCCUUUAUCCUAACUUUAAUGUAACCAUCUUUUUUGCUAAAUAUGUUUUGAUUAAUUUAUGAAGGUGACCAAAAAAUUAUAGUGCCCCUUAUGUAGAUAACCAUUUUAAUACGUAUUAUUUUUAUAAUCUUUAGUAUGAUAUUUAUAUUAAUUAAGAUGGAGUUUUGGUAUGGAUAAAAAGAUCUGAAAAUUUCUUAGAAAAAAAUACAUAAGAAAGCAGUUCUUAGCAAGAUGAAAGCAUAUUUUAGGAAAGCUUUUUAAACACACCUUCAUAAAGUAUAGUAAGUGCCACAUUUUCUGAAGUUUGUUAAGUUUGUCUGUGUAAUGAAAAUGAUGAUUAAAUGAUCUUUUGUUUAUUAUGUAGAAAUCUAAUCGGACAUGAUUAUUGUAUUUAAGAUGAUGAGAGAAUUUUAGAGUUAUGUAAUAGUUGUUAGAAUUAAUGA